CUCCCCAUGUGUGUGAUGUUCAGGUUUCACAACUACAGAACCACUACUGUAUUCUGCAAAUUGGUGGACUACCUUACCUACGGAGAAGUCUCAAUGUGGGUUUCUUCCAAAGCAUGCAGCGCCCUAGCUCAAAUCUCGCAGCGUCCCUACCGCAACGGCCCUCAUGGUUCGCACUGUCUGCGCAAGUGACACUUUGGUGGACUUUACUACCGCAGUACAGUGUUCAAGCGCUGUCAACAAACAACGGUUCGGACACUCAGCCGUAACACUAUCCAAUAAGACAUGUUCACGUCCUCAUCGAGCGGAAUGAAUCCCGACAUCCAGAGAAGUCUCUGGGGUUGCUGGACUGCUUGAUCAGGGAGGGACCGGACAUUGUAUCGACGAUCUCGGGCGCACUCCAGAUCUGGUCCGUGUUCCGGCGGGAGGCAUGGCGGGCUGCGAAGACUUUGUCAAUGGCCCCGUCCCGCCCAAGACUCCUUCAUCCGUUUCUCUUGACCGCAUGAAACGGCGGUGCUUGCCUAUUUCGGAUGGCAUCCAGAAUACCCAGCGGAACUGCCUGUUGUGCCUCGGCUGGACAAGCAUGAAGCGGUUGCAAUGGUGACAUAUGGCGUGGUGUUUUACGCUUCGGUGGAAGCCAAACAAGAAGGGACGGAGGAUGUUUGGAAAAGGGUUGGUGUUCCGAUGACGCCGAUGCGGUCCUUCCGCGGGUUCCCCGUGGUCAAAAUCUUCAUAUAAAUGAUGCAUCAUCUCGACCUAAACUAAGUUGCUCAGACACUUUUGCUCCGCUCUUUUCUGUUGGCAUCCCGAAUCUUCUAAAGAACUGAAGGGUUGAGACCUACUUCUCUUGUUCACUUUGAUAUCGAUUUCACCCUAACCUUUGUUGUGAAAGACUCACUUGUCCCGAAUCUAGACACAGUCUCAUCUACCCUUUAACAUACUCCCAUCCAAAGACGAAACCGGUCAUCUUCUCAAGAUGCCUCUGAAACAACACGGCCGUGACUACGACAUUGUCGUCUAUGGAGCCUCAGGCUACACCGGCAAAUACACAGCCCAACACAUCGCCACGCACCUACCCACCACCCUGAAAUGGGCCGUAGCCGGCCGCUCCCGCUCCAAGCUCGAAGCCGUCGUGUCUCGGCUUCAAGAACUCAACCCGGACCGGCUCCCGCCCUCCAUCGAGAUCAUCUCCUCCACCACCGACCGCACCGCCCUUGAAGCCCUCUGCCGCCGGACCUUCAUCCUCCUCACCACCGUCGGACCCUAUGGCUCCCUAGGCGAGCCCGCCUUCGCCGCCUGCGCCACCACCGGCACGCACUACUUUGACGUGACAGGCGAAGUCCCCUUCGUCCACAAGAUGAUCACCAAAUACUCUUCCUUGGCCGCCCAAUCCGGAGCCAAAAUGUUUCCCCAAAUCGGUAUCGAAUCCGCCCCCUCCGACUUACUCACCUGGUCCCUUACCCAGCAACUCAAGCGCGAGUUCGGUCCCGCAACAAAAACAGGCCAAGUGACGCUGAGCAUCCACACCCUGCGCUCUGCUCCUUCGGGCGGCACACUGGCAACAGUCUUCACCAUCCUCGAGACGUUUUCUCUUAAGCAGUUGAAGGAAGCAUAUAAACCCUACGCUUUAAGUCCCGUCCCGCAUCCGAACCCAGACCUCGCCGAACGGCGCACCACGUGGAUCACCAAGGUGACUGGCUUAGCUACCACCCCCAUUCUGGGACUGGGAACGACGUCGGUAGCAGCCAAGACGGAUGCGGCCAUCGUGCAGCGCACUUGGGGUUUGCUUUCCGAGGCAAGUAACAAGGGGAAAGAAGAUGAAAGUUAUGGUCCCAGGUUUAGCUUUAAGCAGUACAUGAAACCGCGGAACUGGUUGAGCGGGGUGGCUAUCCAUUUGGGGUUGAUGGUGUUGGGACUAGUCAUGGCUACGCCGUUUUUGAGAAAGGUGGCCAAGAAGUUUGUCUAUCAGCCGGGCGAGGGGGCGGAGGAGGAAGUGGCGAAGCGGGAUGAGUUGGAGUAUUGGGGGGUUGCGAAGCCUGAUUUUGGUGGAGACGAAGUCAAGGAGAAAGAGGAGGGGAGGAAGAGGGCGUUUGGACGGUGUUGGUUUCGGGGGCCGGUUUAUUAUUAUACCGGAGUCUUGUUGGCUGAGGCGGCUGCCACAUUGCUUGAGGAGGAGAGCGUGGAUGAACAGCUUGGUGGUGGUGGGAUUUACACGCCUGCUUGCUUGGGACAGCCGUUCAUUGACAGGUUGGACAAGGCUGGGUUCCAUUUUGAGACGAAGAUCAUGGAAGAGUAAGAGGCGACACGAUUGUUGUUGGUAGUUUGAGGUUGCUUGAGAGUGACACAAGGAAAUCCGCGGAAUGCAUUGUUGUGGCGUUAUUGAUAGGAUAUCGUUAUUUUAUGAGGACAGCUUGCCGUUGAACUUUAUGAUUAGGUCUACCUGGAUGGCUACUAUCUAGCUGUCAUCGAGCGGGAUGAGUCGUAGCACAUAUUCACUGUUUUAGUUGCCAGUAUACCAUACGGAAAGGUUGAU